AUGUCUUCGGCCGCCCGAAACGUCCUCCGUCUCUCUCGGGCUGCUGCCCCCGUGGCUCGCCCUGCCGCUUCUUCGGCUCGCUUCUUUUCGGCCACCCGUAUCAGCCGUGUCUCUGAUACUGCCAACAAGAAGAGUGUUGUUCGUGAGAAGGAGGUCCCGGCCACCAUCUACGGUGCUGGCCAGGGUGACAAGCACACCGUCAAGGUUCCCGAUGCUGCUGCCCAGGUUCCCCACGACACCCCUGUCCCUCCUGCUGAGAACGAGGCUGUCGUUCCCCUGACUCGCAAGGUUUUCGAUGCCCUGCCCCAGACCAUGAAGAACAUGAGUGUCUUCGGCAAGACCAUCAUCGUCACUGGUGGUGCCCGUGGUCUCGGUAACUACAUGGCUCGCGCCUGCGCCGAAGCUGGUGCCAAGGCCAUCAUCAUCUUCGAUGCCAACCAGGAGCUUGGUGACCAGUCCGCUGCUGAGCUUCACGAGAAGACUGGCCUCCCCGUCUCCUUCUUCAAGGUUGAUGUUCGCGAUGGUGCUGCUAUCAACGCUGCCGUCGAUAACGUUGUCGAGCGCUUCGGUGCCCCUGAUGUCCUGGUCAACUCGGCUGGUAUUGCCGAUUCCAACAUCAAGGCCGAGACCUACGAUCCCGCCAUGUUCCGUCGUCUCAUUGACAUCAACCUCAACGGCUCCUUCCUGAUGUCCCAGGCCGUCGGCCGUGCCAUGAUGGCCGCUGGCAAGCCCGGUUCCAUCGUCCUGGUCGCUUCCAUGUCUGGCUCCGUUGUCAACUACCCCCAGGAGCAGAGCUGCUACAACGCCUCCAAGGCUGGUGUUAUCCAGCUUGGCAAGUCUCUCGCUGCGGAGUGGGCUAAGUACGAGAUCCGUGUCAACUGCAUCUCCCCGGGCUACAUGGACACCGCCCUCAACCGUGUUCCCGCCCUUGAUGCCCAGAAGAAGAUCUGGAAGUCUCUGACCCCCCAGAACCGCCUGGGUAACGUCGACGAGCUCAACGGCCUGUGUGUCUUCCUCGCCUCGGACUCGUCCAAGUUCAUGACCGGUUCCAACUGCAUCAUCGACGGUGGCUACACCUGCUACUAA